GCUUUUGGGCGCAGCACGCAGGAACCGGAAGUCAAUGGAGGAAGACUGGACCUACUGAUUCAAUUUGGAGAUGAGCGGCUCUGUCCUCUUCAUGGCGGGAGAGAGGUGGAGAUGCUUUCUGGCCCCGUCGAGGUCAUCCCUGUUCUGGGCCUUACAUAAUUUCUGCUGUCGGAAAAAAUCCACUACACCUAAGAAAAUUACUCCCAAUGUUACUUUUUGUGAUGAAAAUGCAAAGGAGCCCGAAAAUGCACUUGACAAGCUCUUCUCUUCAGAACAGCAGGCUUCCAUCUUGCAUGUGUUGAAUACAGCAUCUACUAAAGAACUUGAAGCUUUCCGAUUGCUUCGUGGAAGAAGGUCCAUCAAUAUUGUAGCGCACAGAGAAAACUUUGGGCCAUUUCAGAAUUUAGAGAGUUUAAUGAAUGUGCCCUUGUUUAAGUAUAAAAGUACAGUUCAAGUUUGUAACUCCAUACUUUGUCCAAAGACUGGAAGGGAAAAAAGAAAGUCACCGGAAAACCGGUUCCUGAGAAAGCUCCUCAAACCAGACAUAGAAAGAGAAAGACUUAAGGCAGUUAAUAGUAUCAUAUCUAUCGUUUUUGGUACUCGAAGAAUUGCCUGGGCUCACCUUGAUCGUAAAUUGACAGUGCUGGACUGGCAGCAAAGUGACCGUUGGAGUUUAAUGAGGGGAAUAUCAUACUCAUCAUCAGUCUAUUUAGAAGAGAUUUCCUCGAUCAUUUCAAAGAUGCCUAAAGCAGAUUUCUAUGUUCUGGAAAAAACAGGACUUUCCAUUCAGAACUCAUCUCUGUUUCCAAUACUGUUACAUUUUCAUAUCAUGGAAGCCAUGCUGUAUGCCUUAUUAAAUAAAACUUUUGCCCAGGAUGGGCAGCAUCAGGUGCUGAGCAUGAAUCGAAACGCAGUGGGGAAGCAUUUUGAACUGAUGAUUGGUGACUCCCGGACUAGUGGAAAAGAGCUAGUGAAGCAGUUUCUCUCCGAUUCUGUACUGAAGGCGGAUCCUCGGGUGUUCUUCCCAUCAAAUAAAUUAGUCCACUACAGACAGAUGUUUGUAUCUACUGAACUACAGAGAGUAGAAGAGCUUUAUGAUUCAUUAUUACAAGCUAUUGCCUUCUAUGAAUUAGCAGUGUUUGUUUGAGCCUUAGAAUUCUGAGGUUCAUGUGCUAAAGUUAUAUUAAUGUAUAAUUAUUAGCUCUAACGUAACACCAACUGUUGUGAACAUCCACGUUAUUGGAAAAGCACACAUUUUGAGUGUAUUUUAGAUGUUUAAAUUCUGACUUUCGGCUAUUAAAUGGUUUACACAAUAAGCCAAGACCAAAUCAAUAAACAUUUUAUGAGAUUC